CCGGAGCUGCACAUGUCAACUCCGUCCAUAGUAUUUAUUGAUUCUUAUACGACACUACUAUAAUCCUUUCUCCCUCGCGCUGUGAAUACAUCGCCUCGUGGCUCAAUAUACCCGCCCUCCAACAAUGACGCAUCUGUAAUUUCCUUGGUCAACCAUGACAUUAGACUAUACCCUGCCAUGUCUAUCCACCGAUUCCUUGCUGCUCCCAACUAAGCGACGCUUCUUCCCCUUCAAAAUCCCCAAUUUCCACCGUCAAUUGCGCCACUACAUAAGCACUGCUGAUGCAGAUAAAAUCUAUAUCGUCGCCCACAAAAUCGUUCAUUCAAUCCAUAUAAAGUCGCAGAAUUGGGAUACCAUCGAGAGAGUGCCCUUUGAGCCGAAAUGCCUUGCUGCUGCCUACGGCUGGAUUGUUGUUGGAGGCUCUGAUAAUGGAGAGUGUGCUUUCAUCAGACUCCCAGGCCGAGAGGAAAAUUAUCCUGUCACGGAGUCGCGAGUCGAGGAAACAGAUGUAGAUACCGCAUUGCCCAUUGAAUUGGACCUGAAUUCCAGGACACCUCCGACAGCGUCUGGAGAAAGUCGAUCGUCGUUUGGGCCCGCGCAUGGUCAGAGUGAUAUACCUGAAAUCUACACUAAAACACUUUCUGGGAGUAUUGUGAACUCAGUAACAAUUCACCGUUUCCCGGGUGACAAUCAGCGCUUCGCACAUGAGGACGUUGUUGUAUUCAGCAACAAUGAUAAGACCGUCAGAUUGUUUUCACUCACACGAACAAAAUUGUUGGAAACAUUACCCCACCCGACAUGCAUGAAUUAUGCAAUGAUAUCCCCGGACUCUAAACUGCUCGCUGCCGUUGGGGACGAGAAUUUCGCAUACUUUUACCGAAUCCAGCGUGACCCAAACACAGUAGAUUAUGGAGAUUACAACCAGAGGCUGUCAGGAUGGACCUGGGAGUUGAUACGCCGUAUAGAGCUACCUCUUAGCACGAGCUUACGAACAACUUCUAGACCUGAUGAUGGCAGCUGUUUUACUAUCGCGUUUUCGCCAGCCAGCCACUUAUGUGCGAUUGGUUCUCAAGGGGGACUUAUUAGCGUGUAUGAUGUCCAGGCCAUUCUCUCGGCAAAAGAAGAUGCUAUAUGUAGUUUGUAUGUGUUUUCGUCCUCCCGACCCGAUUCGGACGCCGGUGCGGUACGCAGCAUGACCUUCUCUCCGGAUCCGUGGGACCUCUUAGUCUGGGUUGAGGAUACAGGGAGAGCUGGAAUUGCUGAUGUCCGGUCAGGUUUCUACCGGAGGCAGAUCGUACAUUUGGACCGAGACGAUCCUGAUUUGGAAACAGUUCGCACAACCUUCAGCACACCUUUAAUCUCGCGGUCAGGUGACGAAGAAUUGGAUGUUAGACCGGGGUAUCGUCAGAUCACAGUGGGUGCAUUUGACGAUGACUCUGAGAUAGUCCACUCUGGGCUAGGAUCCUCUAGGCGGUUGACCCCGGAUCGCGAGGGUAUGCAGGGCCUGACAAAUAGAGAACGGCAGAUAAUUGACCUGCUCAAUACAGCCCGUUGGGCCACUCGAGAUGUCUUCGAUGGUGAUGCAGAUGAACGACCGCCUAGGGCAUCCAGUAACUUGCGACAUGGCGUCAAUACCUCCUCCAUUGGUGACAGCGAUACCGCCGACCCAUCUCCUCGUACGACUCCCCCUUUUCGCUCUACGGACGCAACCCUCCACGAGCUAUUCCGUGAACACUACCUGGGACGGGCUGGUUCCACAGAGCGUACACUUGGCCAAAGACGGCGCGGUUCCAUUGUCGUAUCCCAACCACCUGGCCCUGGCACUAGUUCAAACGUUGAGAGUGCUGAUAACGAUAUAUCGGAUGCAGAUGUGGAGGUUUUACUCAGGUUGACCGCGUCGCCAAUGGACAUUCAAUCAUUUGGAAAUUCACCACCAAGUACCGAUAACAACAACUCCGCAGGGAAUGGUUUCUCCAGUAAUGGAUCCGGGACGGGUAACCGUGAUCGUGAAUUCUUUCUAAGCCGCGCAACCGCUCUUUUUAACCCUUCAUCUCCGUUCCCAGAGACAGCCUCAACAGAACGCCAACCGUCCCAGCGUUCAAGGUCGAUCCCUCGUCGGUCUUCGCGCCAAGGUACCACGACAGAAAGCAGAUACGAUAACCAGCGCGCAACGACCGCAGAGUUACGAGCCAGUGUGGCAGCUGAGAGGCUUCGUCGACAACGGGUGGCCGUAGGCGAGACCCGGUCACCACGGUGGAUCCGGCACUUUAUGGAUAACAAUCUUACUGAGCGCAACCUUGGCUACAUGCCCAGAGACCAAGACCCCGGCGAGACCGCUGGCGUCGGCUGGGGUCAUGAUGGAAGGAGCUUGUAUAUUGGAACAGUCGAAGGAAUCUAUGAAUUCCAACUCAAUGUACAGGAUCGUAAAAGCUUUCCAGUAUUUUCUUUUCGUUGAGUUCUUCCAUUCUUCGGCAUUAGGGUGAAAAGAAUUAUCCUUCGUUUUGUUCUGAUUUUUAUGAUGAUGCUCACGAUUUCAUACGUUAUGCUAUGUCUUGCUAUGGGCGAUUUAGGUUUAUUAACUCGGCAUUCUUGGGGAUUUACUUUUGUGUUGAGAUGUUUAUAGCUUAGCCCAUUUAACAGUUUCAGGUUUCCUUUUUUUCCCCCUCUUUCUUCAGGUUUGUCAUUCUCACGGUUGUUCGGUGUUCAGUGAGAGCUACUGUAUUGAUUGAUGCAGCCAAGUUAGAAAAGCUAGUGCGAUACAUUAACGUCACUCCAUGUCCACUGAUAACAUGCUGGCCGUCAAUAGUACUAGGUAUAUAACCUACUAAAAAAAUAUUUCUAAAACAAUCAAACAAUCACG